UGGGAAUGAAUGGGAACUUGCUAUAAACUUGCUGGUCAGGCAGGGCCCUGAUCCCUAAUCACUGGGGCAGCCUUGGAGACGCUCGCCAAGCUAGGACUCAGUUGCCAUCCUCGGUCACACAGCCUGGUUGUCACCAUCCAGGCACAGGACUCAGGCUAGCUGUGGCUGUUAACCUGCCCCUAGAGAUUCCAUACUUCUCAGGCCUCUUCAGUCUCAGGGUCACUGACGUUGGCUCACUCUCGCUAAUGGUUGCCUGAGGUCUGGGCACUGGGCCACCACUCACCCUCCAGCCAGGGUUAAACAUUAGUGGGAGGUUUAUCGGGUUCGGAAAGGGGGUGGGGAAUCUCACUAGCAACAGUCUCCUCGGCGGCCCUGCCUGGAGCACCAGUUCCCACGCGAGCCUAUACAAUGCCUGUGGAGGAGUUUGUGGCCGGCUGGAUCUCUGAUUUGGCGCGCAGCCCUCACUCUUCCUGCCUUCUUGCCACCACAGGAGCUGUAGGCCUGGUCCUGGGGCACCCAUUUGACACUGUAAAGGUGCGGUUACAGACCCAGAACACAUACCAGGGCAUUGUGGACUGCGUGGUGAAGACCUACCGUCAUGAGUCGGUCCUGGGCUUCUUCAAGGGAAUGAGCUUCCCCAUUGCCAGCGUAGCCCUGGUCAACUCCGUCCUGUUCGGAGUGUACAGCAACACGCUGCUGGCGCUCACAGCCACCUCCCACCAGGAGCGGCGGGCCCAGCCACCCAGCUACACAAACAUCUUCAUAGCAGGCUGUACUGGGGGCCUCCUGCAGGCCUACUGCCUGGCUCCUUUUGACCUCAUCAAAGUCCGUCUACAAAACCAGACAGAGCCAAGGAUGCAGAUAAGGAGCUCUGAACCCAGGUACCGGGGUCCCGUGCACUGUGCAGCCUCCAUCUUGAGAGAAGAAGGACCCCAGGGAGUCUUCAGAGGAUCGUGGGCCCUGGUGCUGAGGGACACCCCGACGUUGGGAAUGUACUUUGUCACCUAUGAAGGGCUCUGUCGCCAGUAUACACCAGAAGGCCAGAAUCCCAGUUCAGCCACAGUACUGGUGGCGGGGGGCUUUGCAGGCCUAGCCUCCUGGGUCACAGCCACACCUUUCGACGUGAUCAAGUCCCGGAUGCAGAUGGACGGGCUGAAAGGGAGGAAGUACCGGGGCAUGCUGGACUGUAUGGCAAGCAGCUUCCAGCAAGAGGGGAUAGGCGUCUUUUUCAAGGGCAUGACCCUCAAUAGUGCCCGUGCCUUUCCUGUCAAUGCUGCCACCUUCCUUAGCUACGAAUAUCUUCUGCGAUUGUGGAGAUGAACCUGGCAGGCGAUACCAGCAACUCCACAGCAGGAUCAUGGCUGACAGCAACUUGGAAAACCAAGCUAAAGCACCCAGCUUUUAGGUACAGACCAAGAGGUGCCUUGUAUCACUCAAAGAGUUAUGGAGCCAAAGUGCAAGAAACCAAUGAGCCUGGUCCUGUACAGACUCCAAGACACACUCAUUCCCACCCACCUCACCGCAAGGGAUGCUUUCCAGGAAGCAGGGGCACACACGAGGCAUAAGUAAAUCACUAAAGGGACCAGUCCACUGGCCUGGCCCUGCCCAGCCCUGGGGUUCAGACCAUCCCCCUGGCCAGGAGAAUGUCUUCUGCCUCUCCAUUACCUUCAGGGAAACCCAGGUCCCAGCUCCUGGCUGUCCUGCCCAUUAGGUGUUCCUCUCUCUUGGUCACUUCCUGCUGUGGUCCCUCAUGUGCCCAGAGUGCUGUGGCGUGUUGUUAUUGUCCCUCCAGUGGCCCACUCUUCCCCAAGAUCCGAGAGGCAGAGCUCUGACUCUGGGGCCCUCCCAGCCCCUUCUGUGCUGACUGUGGCGUGCCCAGCAACCCAGCCCUCCUGUCUACCUCAGUCACAGCUGUGUGCAGUGCUUCACGGUUACUUUUUCACUCCUCUGACUUGGUCUGUGGGAGUCUGGUGGGCAAGGCUAGACUUCUGUCUCUUGAACAUGCAUGCAAUAAAGUUUCAUUUGAAGCAGUA